AGAACUUUAUGCCUCUUGGAACUUAUUCGUUAACAGGAGUUGUCGCUAGACCCGUAGCUGAAAGCGGGUGAUCUGAAAACUUUUUGACUCCUCCUGCCCCACGGGAGUGUUGACUGGGGGCUGGGAGCACUUAGUGCCAAAAGGAACACAGCUGUAGAGUUGAGGGCAUAGUCUAGUUGGGGAGAGAUCAAUACAUGAUUUAUUUUAUAAACAUUUACCACAAAUAAUUAAAACAAAACGUGUAAGAUAAAAUAUCACGGUGACGUUGAUUCCUGAGUCCUCCAGGAUGUCCCAUUUUUACGUAGUAUGUUUAGAUCCGUGUGUUGAUAGACCAUAUCUGACACGACAUGGCCUCAUUUUUGUUUUGGAAGAUAAGGUCUCUCUUGGCCUAAUCAGAGUGUUUCAGGAGCAAGAAGAAAGUAACUGACUGUUCCAGACAUGGUUUUUGGCUCAGGGAUGACCGUUCAAACCCCUGCCCGUGAGGGCGCUUGGGGGAACGGACGAUGGUGCUCCCAGGCCAUGGUAGCAGGGCGGUGCCGUGGUUUGGGUCUGCUCUGGAAGCCAAAGGAAAGCAAAGCAGAGGCGCUUAGCGGAAUGGUGCCUCGAGCCGCAGAAACGGAGUAUGGGAGCAACAGCCCUGGGUAGAAGGGCCCGUUCAGGUGGCAGAGACGCAGUCCUGCGCGAGUCUGACUCCUGCCCACUCGCCGGCCACCCUCCUCUCGCUCUGGAUGAUGUCAGAACAGGAUCUGGCGGAUGUGGUGCAGAUUGCCGUGGAAGACCUGAGUCCUGGUCACCCAGUGGUCCUGGAGAACCAUGUGGUGACCGACGACGACGAGCCGGCCCUGAAGCGCCAGCGCCUGGAGAUCAACUGCCAGGACCCCUCCAUCAAGUCAUUCCUGUACUCCAUUAACCAGACAAUCUGCUUACGGUUGGAUAGCAUCGAGGCCAAGCUGCAAGCCCUGGAGGCCACUUGUAAGUCGUUAGAGGAGAAGCUGGACCUGGUCACGAACAAGCAGCACAGCCCCAUCCAAGUCCCCAUGGUGGCCGGCUCCCCGCUCGGCGCGACCCAGACGUGCAACAAAGUGCGAUGCGCCGUCCCCCAGACUACAGUAAUACUCAACAGUGAUCGGCAGAGCGCCAUUGUAGCCAAGAUGGAAGAACCCUUGGGCAACAGGGCACCGGACCCCCUGGAAAGUACCGUUAGCAACGCGGUGCCCGGGAGACGGCAGAACACCAUUGUGGUGAAGGUGCCGGGUCAGGAUGACAGCCACAACGAGGACGGGGAGAGCGGGUCCGAGGCCAGCGACUCCGUCUCCAACUGUGGACAGUCGGGAAGUCAGAACAUUGGGAACAACGUCACCCUCAUCACCCUGAACUCGGAAGAGGACUACCCCAACGGCACCUGGCUGGGCGACGAGAACAACCCGGAGAUGCGGGUGCGCUGUGCCAUCAUCCCGUCCGACAUGCUCCACAUCAGCACCAACUGCCGCACCGCCGAGAAGAUGGCGCUGACGCUGCUGGACUACCUCUUCCACCGGGAGGUGCAGGCCGUGUCCAACCUCUCGGGCCAGGGCAAGCACGGCAAGAAGCAGCUCGACCCCCUCACCAUCUACGGGAUCCGGUGUCACCUUUUCUAUAAAUUUGGGAUCACGGAGUCUGACUGGUAUCGAAUCAAACAGAGCAUCGACUCCAAAUGUCGGACAGCCUGGCGGCGAAAACAGCGAGGCCAGAGCCUGGCCGUCAAGAGCUUCUCGAGGAGAACGCCGUCCUCGUCUUCGUACGGCGCUUCAGAGACCGUGAUGAGCACGCCGCCCCCCGCCAGCGAGAUGCCGCAGCCUCCGCCACAGGCCCUGCACUACGCCCUGGCCAACGCCCAGCAGGUCCAGAUCCACCAGAUCGGAGAGGACGGACAGGUCCAAGUAAUCCCACAGGGCCACCUCCACAUCGCACAGGUGCCACAGGGCGAGCAGGUGCAGAUCACGCAAGACAGCGAGGGCAAUCUCCAGAUCCACCACGUGGGACAGGACGGGCAGGUGCUGCAGGGGGCCCAGCUGAUAGCCGUGGCCUCUUCCGACCCUGCUGCCGCGGGGGUGGACGGCUCACCUCUCCAGGGCAGCGACAUCCAGGUCCAGUACGUCCAGCUGGCUCCGGUGACUGACCACACCGCUGCAGCUCAGACGGCUGAGACCCUGCAGCCCACCCUGCAGCCGGAAAUGCAGCUUGAGCAUGGAGCGAUCCAGAUCCAGUAGGCGGGCCGGGCCACCCACCCACAACAGAACCUAAGACAGAGCCGCUGCCGUGCUCAGCGCUGGCCCCGGCCAGCCACCCUGUUCUUCACGCGCCCCGGUCCCAUGGCUUUGCACGGAGGUGACUGCACAUGCUCUGUUCGAGUGCAUCUGAAAGCCUCACCCGCCGGGGAGAGUGUCCCAAUGCAUACAAGGUGACAGUAACGGCCGCUGCCCCUGCCAGAAGACCCUUACUUUUUGUCCCACUGUCGGCGUCUAGAGAAGAGUGGGGAAGCACAGCGUGCGUUGCAUCAAGUACGUGCGGAAAACCAAGAACUACGAUAUUUUUCUCUGUUCAAACAGCUUUUUUAAUUUGCUAUGGUGUUUAUAACAAAAAAGAAAAUUGAAAAAAAAAGUGGAGUAGCAGAAGCCUUUUGCUGUGUGCUCUGUUCAGUGUAAGGAAAAUAGGUAUUUGCAGAAGACAACUAACGAUUUUGAUGGAAAUAUUGCUUACCUACUUUUCUAGGGGGAAAUGCUCUCAAAACUGUUAAUUAUGCAUUUCUAAUGAAAUAAAAUGUAUUUAUGACCACA